CUUCCUCCUCCAGCCUCUGAGUCUGCACACACUCACAGGAACAAACCUUUGCACAUUCACAUGGCUGUCUCCUGCCUGUGAUUAGGCACCAAAUCUGGGUUGCCAACAUUCCUCAGUCGACCCCACUGCUCCGUCAAACUGAGCGGCGUUCCUGCAUGACUGCACAGAACCAGAGGAGAGACAUCACCCACCACAGACACUUCUCAUUCUCAUCGUCUUUUAGGAGUUUUAGCAAAAAUUUAGUAAAGUGCUAAUGAGAUUUGUUAACAAGAAAUAAUUUGGAUUACUUCCACCUGCUUGAGCAGAGAGGAAGCAUCUCAAGUCGAAUGGUUGCAACCAGGUCAGCUGAAAGAAUCAGGAAAAACAGAGCCAAAUAACUUUCUUGUACUGGAUUUUUCCUGCAUGGAAGACUAAAUUUUUUAUCUUUCACUUGCGCAUUUCCUAAUACAAAAGGAUUGUCCGAGGCACUAGGAAAGCUCUUUUUUUAUGCCUAAAAGAUGGACCUUUUGCCGGAUAGUUCACGGUUGCGCUCGGACAGCACAAGCAGCUCUGCGUCUCAAGGCUCCAGGUCAAAGACGAUCCUUCGCCAGCGCCUGGCCGAGCUGAUGACCUGCAUAGAGGACAUGAGUUCUGAUGACGAAGCCGGCGAGGAAGUAUCCCGCACGCUGGACGAAGCCUUUCAGCUUUGUGGACGAUUACUACCCACAGAUGCAUUCAGGCUGCACAUGGUCACCUGGAAUGUGGCAACAGCAGAACCUCCUGAGGACGUCGCCUCAUUGCUACAACUAAAUGAUCAACCCGCCAUAGACCUUUAUGUGAUUGGCUUGCAGGAAGUAAAUGCCACACCUGUGAGAUUCCUCUCAGACUUGAUGGCAGAAGAUUCCUGGAGCCAUCUUUUCAUGGACACCCUGGGACCCAAAGGCUUUGUAAAGGUCACAUCGGUGAGGAUGCAGGGUUUGCUGCUGCUGGUUUUUGCCAAAAUGAUGCAUCUCCCCUUCAUCAGAAACAUCCAGACCACCUACACUCGCACUGGCAUCUUUGGCUACUGGGGAAAUAAAGGUGCCGUCUCUGUACGCUUUUCCUUCUACGGCCAUAUGAUGUGCUUUCUCAACUGCCACCUCGCAGCUCACAUGCACAAUGCCCUGCAGCGCGUUGACGAGUUUGAGUACAUCCUGGAAACACAAGACUUUGACAUCUUUGACACUCCUCAUGUCCUGGACCACAAGGUGGUGUUCUGGUUUGGUGAUCUGAACUUCCGUAUCGAGGACCACGGCUUGCAUUUUGUCCGCUCAUCCAUCAAUGGAGGACGCCUCAAUUUGCUGUGGAGCAAGGACCAGCUCACCAUGAUGAAGAAAAAGGAACCCUUUCUGCAGGAGUUUGACGAAGGACCAUUGAAUUUUAAACCCACCUACAAGUUUGACCGCAAAGCUGAAUCCUAUGAUACCAGCUCUGCAAAGACAUGGUUGGGUUUUAAUGGCAAGAAGAGGAAGCCGGCCUGGACGGAUCGGAUCCUCUGGCGGAUCAAACCUAAAAGCCUCCCAUCAGAAGAGGAUGACGAUGAUGACGAGAAGGCAUCAACUCCCGCUGAUGAUGGGCAGGAGGAGUAUCCAAUCAUGGUCACCCAGAACACAUACACCAGUGUGAUGAGCUACGGAGUCAGUGACCACAAGCCAGUCAUUGGAAAUUUUACUCUGGAGCUGAGAAAAUACUUCGACACACAACUGGUAGACUUGGCACCUGCAGGCGAGUGGAGCGCAGACCAUGAUGCACUUCUGAGUUAUACCAUCCUAGAGGACUUCAUGUCUUCCACAUGGGACUGGAUUGGCCUCUACAAGGUCGGAUUCAAGAGUGCGUCUGACUAUAAAACCUUUGUAUGGGUCAGAGAGAACGAGCUGCCAGAAGUUAAUGAGGUCAUUGAGAAAUCUGUGGUUAAAGAUGACCUACCUCUGCUAAGUGGAGAAUAUGUUCUGGGUUACUACAGUACGAACCUGAACAGCAUCGUUGGCCUAAGUGAUAACUUCCAGAUCCUGGAAUCCAAGCGAGCUGCCAUGGAAGGUCUUGUAUCUAAAGACAUCAAUGGGAUCGACAAAUAAAAGAAGUGUUGCUGCAGUGCCCUGAUGUGAACUUCUGCACUAUGAUUUUGAUUCAGACUUUAAACUGCCCAGCUAUUUGAUGAGAUGGUUGGGAAUAUCAAUCUUGUAUUUGCUGUUUUCCUUAAGAUUCAUUCUUCCAAGAUUGGACCUUUGGUUGAGAAUAAAUUGCUAAUAAAAUGAAAAUCACUUAAAUGAUUGAUCUGAUGA